GGUUCCGUGUGCCUGUUGCUGCAUUGCUGGAAGGAAGUUUCAUGUCAGUUCUUUGUUCAUGCUGAUCUGCACGGACACUCUCCAGGGGGGCGGGACCGGCGUGUAUGGGAAGUGACAGAUCCGAUGUGCUCGGCUAUGGCAGUCCCUGAUCGCUAGUGUUCGGGUGCUAUGACAGCAGCUGGAGCCCCCCAUGGUGGAUGAAGCCCCUGUCCAUGCAGGAUCACCGUCUGCACUUGCACACUGACAUGCACGGCAACCAAACAGAGCAACAAAGUGAUCUGGAGCACAAAGCAAGUAUGCAGCAGCAGUGUGUGCUCUCCCUAAGGAAAGACUUGGAUCAUCAUGGUCAGGUGGAGGGGUGCUUGCAACACUCUGCACCGGGGGAGCAGCCCAGCAGGCUACAGUUAUCACCAGGAGGCUUGCUGCAAGGAGUUAACCAGCAGAUCAGUGCUGAAGGUAAAGACUUGCAGGUCUCAAGUUUACAGGAAGACUUGCAUUGUUCUGGUUGCCAGGAUCCUACAAACCUGGAAGCAGAAGAUCCACACAGUGGGCUCCAGAAGGUUCCUGCUAAAGGUAUAGACUUGCAUUGUUCUGGUUGCCAGGAUCCUACAAACCUGGAAGCAGGAGAUUUGCAUGGCGGGGUCCAGAAUCAGCUAAAUGAGUUGCAGGUAUCAAAUGUGAAAAAAGACUUGUAUUUCUCUGGUUCUCGGGUUCCUACAAGCCGUGAAGCCGAAGGUCCAAAUGUUGGGGUCCAGGAUCAGCGAAACGACUUGCAGGUAUCAAGUUUGCAAAAAGAUUUGUAUCGCUUUGGUUCUCAGGGUCCUGCAAACCUGGAACCAAAAGAUCCACACUGUGAGCUCCAGAGUCAACCAACCCUGCAGGUAAACGCUGAAGGCAAAGACUUGCCAUUGCGUUUGCAUGAAGACUUGUAUUGCUUGGGUUGCCAGGACUCUACAAACCUUGGACCAGGAGAUCCACAUGGUGAGAUCCAGAGUCAACUAAGUAGACUGCACUUAGAAGAGGCAAAUGUGCACUUGGUGAAGAGGCAGGGGCCCCAAGAAAGAGACCCAUACCAGCCUUUUCAUCAUCAUGAUGUCAAAGGUCACUUCACAGACAUCGGGUACCCCGAACCACUUUCCGCAGAAAGGGAGCCGUACCAGCCUUUUCAUCAUCAUGAUGUCAAAGGUUACUUCACAGACAUAAGGUACCCCGAACCACUUUCCGCAGAAAGGGAGCCAUACCAGCCUUUUCAUCAUCAAGAUGUCAAAGGUUACUUCACAGACAUCAGGUACCCCGAACCACUUUCCACAGAGGAGUCCCCCCGUAGAAGAGCGCGGUCCUUGCCUUGGAACUCUAUUCCUGAGGAAGACGAGGAGGACUCUGUUAUGUGUUGCUGUAAAUUAAAGAAGAGGGUUAAGUUUGCAGACUCUCUUGGGCUAACUCUGGCCAGCAUCAAGCACUUCUUGCCUUCUGAUGAACCAUUGGUGCCUCAGGCUGUACUGGCUAGACUGCAGAGUUACCCACCAACUGCACGCGGGCAAAGGUCAGAUCUGAUUUUGGAAGAUGAAUUUAGAAGGGCGGAGUUGGCACCUUCUGAAGGCACCCCAGCAGAGUUGCUUGAAAAGCUAAAUGAGCAGGGAGUGUGUCUGGAACAGGUUUCGGCCACCAGGUUGGGGGUGUUGGGUUAUGUGCUAGUAAAGGACCCUGAAGAAAAGGCUCAGGUUAAGAUUAGAUACACUUUUAACGAAUGGCUGUCUUUUUUGGAUUGCCCUGCAACGCCUACUAGCCAAAGCACUGCUUUGCCCUCUACUUUUGAAUGUCGGCGGUUCCACUUUAACCUUUGCUACCCACCUACUACUUCCUGCAUUCGUUUUGCUAUAUGCUUUAAUACAGGUAAUGGGCAGGAGAUGUGGGACAACAACAAGGGAGAUAACUACACAGUUUAUUGCCAGCAAGCUGUAAUCCAAGAAAUCCAACAAUCAGCCCCUGACCUGGAGGAAUGGGGAGGGUCCCGGCUGUGGUAGCCAUGAGCAAUAUCCUCUACUAAAAGCACACUUGGUUUUGAUAUAUUUAUGAAAUCUGUAUCAGCCAUCCCAUGAUUUAUCAUCUAUAUAAGUGACAGAUUGACAAGUGCAAUACUAUUGACAGGCAUUUAUUUGGGUUACAAGAGCACUUUUUUUUUUUCCUUUUACUUUUUUCUCUUUGAGUAUGUGACUUCAUGAUGAAAUCCUGUCUUUCGGUGUAGAAAUAGUCUUUGGCUUCUAAAACAUAUUUGCAACACUUAUUUCACAGAACUAUCACAUUGGGCAUAUUUGGUAACCGUAGUAUAGAAAUAAAGCUUAAAAAGUUCAGGAGAGACUACAGGCUGUAUUAUCAACGUCUAAUCUAAGCGCGCUUCAUCAUUCUCCAGAAUUGAACUAUUACAAUGCAGAUUUGAAACAUAUAAAAAGUAUAAAUAUUUAAAAAAUAUAAAGGUAAAAUUAUGGCUGGUAAUAGUUAUGCAAUAGCUAUUCUUCAUAAAUAUAUUGUUUUAAAAGCCUGCAUUAAUGACACAUAUCACUGAAUGUUUGACUUUUUUUAUAAAAA